AGGAUUGGAUUGGUCCUCACUCUCACUCUUCUCUACUUCUGAGAAAUUGAUUGUUCCUCCUCUUCUUCCCCUUCGCUGCUUAGUCCUAAUUCAUUCACAGAGACGAGAAUGGGCGCGAGCAGCGACCCCACCCAAGACGGUUCAGACGAGCAACAGAAGCGUUCAGAGAUCUACACAUACGAGGCACCAUGGCACAUCUAUGCCAUGAACUGGAGCGUCCGUCGCGACAAAAAGUACCGUCUCGCCAUCGCUUCUCUCCUCGAACAGUACCCUAACCGAGUCGAAAUCGUCCAACUCGACGAUUCCAAUGGCGAGAUCCGCUGCGACCCAAACCUCUCUUUCGAACACCCUUACCCUCCCACAAAAGCCAUCUUCAUCCCCGACAAAGACUGCCUCCGCCCGGACCUCCUCGCCACCUCCUCCGACUUCCUCCGUGUCUGGCGCAUCUCCGAUCCCGACGAAUCGAAACCUCAACGCGUGGAACUCAAAUCCCUCCUCAACGGGAACAAAAACAGCGAGUACUGUGGCCCCCUCACCUCCUUCGACUGGAACGAGGCCGAACCCAAACGCAUCGGCACCUCCAGCAUCGACACCACCUGCACCAUCUGGGACAUCGAGAAGGAAACCGUUGAUACCCAGCUAAUUGCUCACGAUAAAGAGGUCUACGACAUCGCUUGGGGCGGCGUUGGCGUUUUCGCUUCCGUUUCCGCUGAUGGCUCCGUUAGGGUUUUUGAUCUCCGUGAUAAGGAGCAUUCCACUAUUAUUUACGAGAGCUCUGAGCCGGAUACGCCGUUGGUUCGGCUCGGCUGGAAUAAACAGGACCCACGCUAUAUGGCUACGAUUAUUAUGGAUAGUGCUAAGGUGGUAGUGUUGGAUAUUCGCUUCCCCACGCUUCCUGUGGUGGAGCUGCAGAGGCAUCAGGCGAGUGUGAACGCUAUUGCUUGGGCGCCGCAUAGCUCUUGCCAUAUAUGCACCGCAGGGGAUGAUUCCCAGGCUCUUAUUUGGGACCUCUCUUCCAUGGGUCAACCCGUUGAGGGUGGACUUGACCCGAUUCUUGCUUACACUGCUGGGGCAGAGAUUGAGCAGCUUCAGUGGUCGUCUUCGCAGCCUGAUUGGGUUGCCAUUGCGUUCUCCACAAAGCUUCAGAUUCUCAGGGUUUGAUUAUUAUUCCCUCUCUGUUCUGUUCUGUUCUGUUCCAUAUAUGUGCAAACCGAAAUUGGGGGUAGGUUUUUAGAGUUGAAAACAUGAUACUUCUAUAGAGUCCUCAAGUCAACUAUUGUUGUUUUCCUUUUAUUGUUGGAACGUUAACCUUGAUGUUUCUGGCUUUAGAACUAAAAUACUCUUCCGAUUUAGUCCCUAAAACCUAGUGUUAGCUUCUCUCACAUUCUUGUUCGUUCUCUGGAAAAAUGACCUUAUAUGUAAAUGUUUUCCAUUUCGUCCGUGUUUCCACUGUGACUCAAUGAGUGUUCAUUCAAGGAAAGAAGUCUCUGCUGUAAUAGAUGGCAAAAGUUUAGUUAUGUAUUUUUUUUGUCGCUAACUAUUUGUUGAUAGAACGUUAUGGUAUGGCAUCAUUUGAUCCUAGCUGAUUCCACCUAAUGGGAAAAGGUUUAGUUGCUGGGGUUGUUGCUUAAGCUGUUUGGUUUUGGUUUGGAUGAUGUGUGUGUGUGUGUGUGUGGAUGUGCUGAUAUCUUCACAAUCUUUCUGGGCACCCUGUUUUAGAGAAAGCGGAUGCAAAAGUGACAUAAUUGGAGUACAGAGUGAGCUCUGUGGUACCGUUUCCCUUUCUUUUCUCCUUUUAUCUUUACAUUGUGAUGUGUUGGUUUCUCUUAACCUUACCAGGGUUCUAUUGUUUGAUUACUAGUUUCUUUUUUGUCUUUAGAGAAGCACAUAAAAUAGUAUUAGACAUUAUCUAUAACACAGGAGAGGUUAAAGCACUGAUAUUACAGAAUUCUCCAUUUAAGAAAUCUGUGUGAAAAGAUCAUAAACUAUAUCCUACUUCUCACUGAUUAGCCAUAGGAGUAAUGCUUGCCUGAUUAAGAAGAGAUCAACAGUUUCAAUUCAUUUUUUUAUUAUUCAAACGUUUAGGAUCUGUCAAAUAAAUGCAUUCAAACCAAUGAACUGAUGCUCUGCCCCAUGCGGGUAAAGAACCAACCUACCUCAUUCGACAUAUAUGAAACAAAAUAUUUCAUAUUUAUUUCCUCUUUCAGUUGGGAACUAUUAAAUUGUUGAUUGUUUUCAACCAAUGAUAUAAAUGACCGAUGGGUUUGGAGGCUGUUUGCAGUGAAAAAAAAUAAAAAAUCAAGUUAAUAAAACUCCUGUUGAAUUUUCCCUCAUGCAGCGGAAAUGUCUUUUAGGAAGAUUUCCUUGGAAAUGUCUUCUCCGCCUUUUUAAUGUCAUUGAAAUGUCUUCUCUUUGAAAUUCUAGAAAUUAUCCAUAUAUUUUUGUAAUCGUU